GCAGAUGAAAGAUUGGUGGUUAUUAAAGAAACCCGACAAAACAAAACACAUUGAAACAGCUUUGGCAACCUCCUUUGCUCUUGUGUACGCUGGCUCUUCAUAGGACUUCUUGUCAUGCAAUGAAGGAUGGAGCCUUCGCCUUUGACCCAGCAGGCUCGUCCGGAUGUUUUCCAACAAAAGGUCGUCUCGCUAUAUGAGGACUUGUUCAAGGAUGAAGAAGACCAUGAGAAAUCGGAAGGAUAUUGGAGGGAAUUCUUUCUCUUGAAACCAGACAAGUCCACAUUACAGAAACUCAUCCACGACUUAAGCCCCGACGAUCUGCUGCAUCUCCAGGACCAGACACGACAAUUGUUUUCGAGGGCAGUUGGAUGCAUAAAAUCAGGAAGUGCUCCAACUGAUGCGCAUGCGCUCGACACCAUCACCGCCUUCCUCGCAUCAGUCCUUCCAAAGAAAUACACGAACCCGAGCUCCGACAUUAUCAACGUCAUUGCUGGGCUAGACCGAGUCGAUGCUGUCUUCACAGAUUUUGUUGCUGCGCUGGAUAUUACAAUCAGGACAGGUCGGAAUUUGGAUAUUCGCCAAAAAGCCAUCCAGGUUGCCUUGUCCGUAGUCUCCGGUGCAUACCAGACGAGUCUCCUUUCGUUCUUCAUACACCGCGAUCUCUUUCCGUCUCUUAUGAAAUUUGUACAAGAUUCCGAUACCACUUCUCGCGCAUUCGAACCCUUCACUCUUCUUGGCCUUUUAGCGAACUACAAUAAAUUCGAAUUUCAAAACCCCUAUAGGUUACGGUUGGACGAUUUCGUCAACGAGGGUACCAUACAGAAGAUAAUAAGAUCUGUGGGACGAACUUGCGCCAUCUCACGUGGGAAAUAUGUCACAAUACAGGAUGAUUUACCGGAAGGCUGGUCAAUUGGCAGUACAUUGACCAUGAUAGGGCUAGGAGCAAUAGCUCCCGCUGGUACCAAAAGUGCUACUCCGGCCAUUGACCCCGACUUAGCCAAAGAGAUGUUUGCGAAGCUACCAGGAAGUGAAGCUGCUGUUUUGCUGGCCACUUAUGACUUCGCACACGCGAACAAGCUAUUUUGUUUCAACUUCGUAUCUCUGCCCGGAGAAAAAGGAGUCGAGGCACCUAUGAGUAGUUUCCUGUCUCUGACCUCAUACCUACUGCAGCACGCACACUCAUCCUUAAGGACGACGCUGUACUCGCAUCUUAACCUACUGAUCCUACGGCUUUUCAUUGAAGAUCAGAUUCUCUGCAAACGCAUAUGUAGCGAAGAGAGCAAGCUCUCCAUUAGGCUAUGCCGCCAAAGACAACCAUACCUACCGCUAGUCAGAGGUGACAGGAUAUUGGCAGCUACAAUAUUGGAUACGAUGAUAGAUGGAAUCAACCAUAAUCUACGGCGGCGACUUGAUGUGGAUCUAUACAUUCUUUGCGUGGGCACUAUCUUACGAAUAAUCUCUCACCUUUCUCGGUCUCGAACACGGCUCCAUUACCACUGGUCAGAGCUGUUCAGAUCUCUUCUGUCCUUGGUCCGCUUUCUUACGACCUAUACGGCGGAUUUAAAACAGAGCAGCCACAUCGAGAUUUUACUUGACGAUCUUGUGAACUUGAUUGCGCUAUCGCUCUCGGCAGGUGAAGCAUUUCUUCCGGGUCCGGCGGCUUACGAUGAUCUUUUCUACAAAUUGGUAGAGACAGGAGAGACAUUGGUGAAGUUCCGGGAUAACUACGACCUGGGAAAAAGGCCGACAAGUUCAAUAGAGACCUUGAUCAGCGUUAGCACGCAUUACAACCAGCUGCUCGCCGAUGGAGCAUCGGGAAGGAGAGGCAAGCAGUUGACCAGCGCACAGGUUGCUGGUGUUAUCAAGCAAGGGUACGAGACCUUGAGCAUCCAAGCGAAAGAAGGGCUGGAUAGCUGGGACAAAUAUCGAGAGGCUGACAAAAAGAACUUCCUCAAGAAGAUGGCUCGAGCUGCUGUCACUGAUGUCAAAACUCUCAUUGAGGAAAAUUGAGGAGCCUUUGAACAGCUUAUAACUGCGAUUCUAACUUCCAAGUUGUGAUAUGGUCGAGAAGACAUGUGAUAGGUCGCGGCUGACGCCAAGAUGUCCAAUUAUGUGCUUGGUUAUGCGGCUAAAGAUGGCCACCGAUUCAGGAGCCGCGGUGCUUCAAGUCUAAAAUGGCU